CGCAUGCGCCUUGAGCGCCGGCCCUGGGCAGCCGGACGCGGGGCGGGCCUUCAAAGCGAGCUCCACCUGGUCCCCGCGGGGGCCGGCGAUGUGAGCGCUGGUGGCCCCCGGAGUUGAGAUCGAGGAGGCGGAGGAGAAGCAAGGCCGUGUGACCUCCCCGGAGGUGACAAGCGGCUCGGGGGCCGUGCGAACACCGCCUGGUGCGGCGAUGGGGUGACCGUCUUGCGCGGUCGGCGCGAUGAGAGGGAGCCGGGGUAUUCCAAGGGGGCUUUGAGGCUAGAAGCCUCAAUAGGAACAGUAAGAAGCUGGGGCUCCACGAUCGCCCUGUCCUCCGGGGGGCGGGGGGCUCCAGGGAGGAGUCCGGGGGCAGGUGAAGGCCACAGACCCAGCUUCCCUCUCCGUCCCCCGUGCCCGGCUUUCCGCCUUCCCUCUGCGUCAGGGUGCCCAGCCAUGGCCAGGCCGGCCGCCCCGGGCUCGGUGAUUGUCCCAGACUGGCACGAGAGCGCCCAGGGCAAGGAGUACCUGGCCUGCGUCCUGCGCAAGAGCCGCCGGCGGGUGUUUGGGCUGCUCGAGCGACCAGUGCUUCCCCCGCCUGUGGCCAUCGACACUGCCAGCUACAAGAUCUUCGUGUCUGGGAAGAGUGGCGUGGGCAAGACAGCGCUGGUGGCCAAGCUGGCUGGCCUGGAGGUGCCCGUGGUGCACCACGAGACCACUGGCAUCCAGACCACUGUGGUGUUUUGGCCUGCCAAGCUGCAGGCCAGCGACCACGUCGUCAUGUUCCGCUUCGAGUUCUGGGACUGCGGGGAGUCUGCGCUCAAAAAGUUCGAACACAUGCUGCCGGCUUGCAAGGAGAACGCAGACGCGUUCCUCUUCCUCUUCUCCUUCACUGACCGGGCCUCCUUUGAAGACCUCCCUGGACAGCUGGCGCGAGUAGCCGGCGAGGCCCCUGGCGUGGUCAGGAUGGUUAUCGGCUCCAAAUUCGACCAGUACGUGCACACGGACGUGCCCGAGCGGGACCUCGCGGCCUUCCGGCAGGCCUGGCCACUACCCCUGCUGCGGGUGAAGAGCGUGCCGGGGCGGCGGCUGGCAGACGGACGCACGCUGGACGGCCGGGCCGGGCUGGCCGAUGUCGCCCACGUGCUUAACGGCCUGGCGGAGCAGCUGUGGCACCAGGACCAGGUGGCAGCUGGCCUGCUCCCCGCCCCAGAGGCCUGCCCCGGCCCAGGGGUGGUGGGCUCGUGAGCGGGCACUCCCCACCCGCGGGUGACCUGGAGCAGGACCUGGGCCCCGGGCUGGGGCAGAAAUGCGGGUCUCCCCCCAGGACGGGCCACGGGGCCUGUCAGGGAGGGUGGAGGCCUGGGAAGGCCCUUUCUUCGUGGAGCUCAGCGCAGGGAGGCGGACAAACGGCCCUUCAGGGCAGCGGUCUGAGGGCCUCUGGGUGCCCCCCGGCCUCCUCUGUCGCCCUGGGCGCCGGACUUCUGCAAACAGGCCCUGCACGCACAGGGCCCGAGGGCGCAAGUGUCCUCCAGCCCUGCCUGCAGCGUCUCAGAGGGUGACUGGGGAGCGGGUGCCUCAGCUGGGCCCCGGAUCCCAAGCGCCCUCAGUCAGGAGCCGGUGUGGGUUGAGGUGACACCGUCUGCUGCCCCAGAUAAACCCUGCGCUCUCGGUGGAUUCGCUUCACAGGUGUUUCCUCCUUCCUGUGUCUCACCUCCCGUGGAGGUGGGUGUGGGGCCCGCUCCGAACACGCAUUCAGAGACCCGGGCCUGAGCUCCCCGCUGAGCUUCCUCCCGGUUUGUCCCGGGCCAUCAGCACCCUGUCAGCAGAAGGGGAGCGCGCGGUGCGAUGUCGCCCGGCAGGCCUCUGUGCCUGACCCAGGGCCGGCGCAGCCGCGUGCCUCAUUCCGCCCGCCGUUCAUUGGCUGGAACCUAGUCACAUGGCCUCGGAGAGCCGCGGGGAUGCUGGGAAACGGAGUCCACCCGUGUGUCCUCAAGCUCCGCUCUCGUGCCUUUUCGUUCUGGCUGCGCUGGGUCUUCGCCGUGGCCUGCGGACUUCUUUGGCUGCGGUGUGCGGGUUGGAUGCCCUGUGGCACGUGGGCUCUCGGUUCUCUGACCCGAGAUCAAACCUGCAUCCCCUGCGUUAGCCAGAGACGAGAAUGCAGGCUCAAGUUCGCGGUAGGGGGUAGGGGGCAGGGGGCAAGUGCCUACAGGCCGGCCUUUAGAAUUUCUCUCCCUGAUGGGUCCAUAGAUGGGCCCCUGGGCCCAGGGCUGGCCUGAGUCUGACCCAGCUGGAAGGGUGCUGGAUGGCCAGGCAGCCCGCGGACCCUCAGAGGCCGCUCUCCAGAGGGCCGCUCUGCACACUGCACACUCACAGGCAUGGCCACCCGGACCGCGUGGACUCACAGGCCCACACACACCUCGCUAGAUGCUGCCCCCUCUCCCCCUGGCGCACAGCAGGCCCCUAAGCACCCUGGUGGCCUGCCUGGCACUGCUUGCCGGUCUGUCCACCCUGGGCACUGCCUGCAGGCUUGUCAACACUUCCCAGGCCCUAAAGCGUUGUUUUAGUGCCUUCUUACUCCUGACUCAGCUUCAGAGCUGAGACCGGAGCGUAUCCCAUGCCCCAGAGCAGGAAUGUCCCGAGGCAGGACCCAAGCCUUACAGCCUGCACAGCCCACAGGCUGAUGCCUGCUCUUGGGUCAUAGUGUGUCCCCCUGCGGCCUUCAGCCCUGCUGUGGCCCACUUCUCUGUGUUCUUGGCUCCAGUAGACUUUACCCACCAGGCAGUGCAAGGUAGGACCCAGCGAAGGUGGCCUCUGGACGUGAAUGUGACCUUGCAGCCAAGGAUACCCAUGAUGGGGGCAGUGGCUACCCUGCAUCCCAGCUGGUUAUCUCUUCAGCAUCCUUCUUGGGCACCAGCUCAGCCAAGAGCAGAGGCUGCUCUGGAGAAAUAACUCUGAUCCUCCCCAUGGCAGGGCAGGGCGCUGGCCAGCACUGGUCCAGUCAGAAAGUUGACAAUUCCCAUCUCUCUCCGUAAGAACAAAGCGGAGACCACAGCAGGGCUGGGACUUGAGCGGGCCAGCUGCUCUCUCAGCUCCUCCAAGCCCAGCCCCCGUGCCGCUGGAGUAUUUGUGAAUCUGCCUGCCGGUGCAGGAGAUGCAAGAGACGCAGGUUUGAUCCCUGGGUCGGGAAGAUUCCCCUGGACUAGGAAAUGGCAACCCACCCCAGGUGACUUCCCCAUUUUGGUGCCAGAAAUUCCAGCAUUAGGUUAAACCUCACAACAGCGCAAAGCCAGAUAUCCUGUUGCUCCUUCUGUGGGCCCUGCGGCAGCCUGAGGGAAGGGUGGUGCCCCAGGCUAGCUCAGGGCUGAGCCCUGACUACAGGGAACCUCGGCAAGAGUGUGGUUGUGUCUGCCCCUCAGGGCCCUGAGCCCACAGACACAAGGGCUCUGGCAGGCAGCUGGUGGGAGGAGGCACUGCUCUCUCCAGGGCUGGGAUGGGGGUAUCUAUGUGCUGCAGCCCACCUUGGUGCUGUUUGUCAAGACCCCCAGACCACUCCUCUUCCCUCCCCAGCCCCCUUCCCUGGAGAUGAGGAAUGCUCUGAACUGAAUGGUUUGUUGUUCAGUUACUCAGUCGUGUCCAACUCUUUGCGACCUCGCCAGGAUUCCCUGUCCUUCACCAUCUCCCGGAGUUGCUCAAGCUCAUGCCCAUUGACUCAAUGAUGCCAUCAUGAAUGGCAUGAAUGGUUAUGUCCCCCCAAAUUUAUACACUGAAGUCCUAAUCCACAGUGUGAUGGUGUUAGGGGCUUUUGAGAGGGGAUUUGGUCAUGAGGGGUCUUCCCUAGUGACCCAGGUGGUAAAGAAUCUGCCCGCAAUGCAGGAGACCCAGGUUCGAUCCCCAGGUCAGGAAGAUCCCCUGGAGAAGGGAUAGGCUACCCACUCCAGUGUUCUUACCUGGAGAAUCCCAUGGACAGAGGACAGGUGUGUCCAUGGGGUCACAGAGUCAGACACGACUGAGUGACUUUCACUUUCACUUUUUGGUCGUAAGGACAGAGCCCUCAUGAAUGGGAUUAGUGCUAUUAUAAAAGGGACUGCAGAGAGCCCCCUAGACUCUUCCACUGUCUAAGGACACAGAGAAAAAGUGCUGACUGGACAAGGCGGAGGGCCCUCUUCAGAGCUGGAUGGUGGUGAUGCCUUGCUCUUGGACUUCCAGCCUCCAGUGCGAAAUACAUUUCUGUUGUUUAUAA